AUGGCCGGUACGCCCUCCCCCGCCGCCCCGACGAUCGCGGUCGCCGAGGUCCGCCAUGGCAGCGUCACCAAGAAGAUCGCUGUCUACGAGAAGAUGCGCCCGAGCGAGCUCAACCUGAUGCUGCAUGCGGCCUUCUUCGCCCAAGGAGCGCCCGAGUGGGCGACGGACGCCGUCGGCUUUGCGCAUGCCAAGACCAAGACCUUUAUCCCGCUUGCGAUUGGCACGGCCUUUCCGACGCUCUUCCAGCCCAACCACACGUACGAGCUUGUGCUGGCCAAGGCGGCGGCGACGACGACGACGACGCCACCGCCAGCCAUGCCCUCGUCGCGCCCAUGGACCGAGCGGCUCUACGCGCUCUUGUCGCAAUGGAGCGCCACGUCACCGUCGGCACUGAGUCCCGAUCAGCUGAAUCGCCUCGAGCUUCUCAUCGGCCCGACGGCCAAGCCGAGUCCCAAGGCCAAGCCGGCCUUGCACGUUGCGACAUCGCUGCCGGACGACGUCGGGAGCAUGACCAACCUGAUCUUCUCGCCGUCGCACUACCCGCCAACGUCGACCGAGUUUUACAUUGCCCAGCUCUUGGAGCGCCUCGUGGCGUCGUCGGACAUUAGCGCGGGCCAGCAAAUGGCGCUCAAGACGCUCAUCAAGAAGCAAGAUGCGCGUCUGUUUGCGGCCGCCGCGUCGUUCCAGCGCGACGGCGACAAAUCUGCGCUCGUUCCCGUGCUGCACGACCUCUGCGGUGUCUUGAACUGGGAAGCCAACCACCAAAGCAUCCUCUACACGUGGAUUGUGCCGCUCGAGCAAAGCGGGCGUGGCGCGGGUCUGCUCAUGGCGGCGUACUUUCUCUUCCUGCAGGACCGGAAUGAAGACGACUUUACCGACACGCUUGUCCGACUGGCGACGAGUUGUGCAACCACCGACACGGCGGUGGCCAAGCAUGCGCUCGACGAGCUCGUGACGGCCGGGCGUCUCAGCCAGGACGUCGAAGAGCAUUUGGUGCCCGAGGAUCCGCGCGUCCUCGCCGCUCUUGACGUGUACGCCGACAGCCUCGACAUUCCCGACUUGGUCGAUACACUCGAGCGCAUCGCGUCGCCCGACUCGACAGUCGCCAGUUCGCCUUUUAGUCCACGCACCACCGACAAGGACGACGACGACGAGAAGCGUGUCGUGGAUGUGUCGGUGAUGGAAAAACAGAUCUUACACCUCGUGUCCGAGCUCGGCUUGCCAGAAGACGAGCUGCUCGCACUCAAAAGUGCUCUCGUUGAGAAUGACGUCGUCGUCCAAGCCGCGAUUCAGGUGUUUGAGGCCGAGAAGGACGAAGAGGACUUUAAGGACACGCUUCGACGCGUCGCCCGGCACCGCGUGAGUGCGUCCGAAGCCGUGCCGGAUGCCGAGAUGGUGAUCGAGACAUAG